AUGCUUACAAAAAUGACUGCUGCACUCGGUGGAAGACGAGCUGACAAAUUAGGACAUCAUCGAGAAUUAAUUAUUUGCGUUCCUUGGUCGCAAGAAUUCGGUGCUGCUUAUCAACAAUUUGUUAAUGGUGGCUAUAGAUCUCAUGGUGGUGGUUUCCCUGCAGGAGGUUUAGGAUCCUAUGGUGGUGGCUUUCCAUCAGGAGGAUUCGGUGGAGUCUCCCCCAGUGGAGGCUUAGGAUCUUAUGGAGGAGGAUUUGGUGGAGCCUCUCCAUUUGGUGGUUUCGGUGGAGCCUCACCAUUUGGUGGUUUCGGUGGAGCCUCACCAUUUGGUGGUUUCGGAGCCUCAGUUUGUGGAGGUUUCGGCGGAGCUUCACCUUUUGGUGGAGCCUCUCCAUUUGGUGGUUUAGGUGGAGCAUCUCCAUUUGGUGGUUUCGGUGGAGCCUCACCGUAUGGAGGCUUUGGUGGAGCCUCACCUUUUGGUGGUAGUUUCGGCGGUGGUCUUCCGCCGAUACAUGGUGUACCGAUCGGAUUCGGAAUGACGACAUCCCUUUAG